AAUAACCUAAAGAGUAUUCAUCCUUCUGCUGCACCAUUAUUUGUCAAAAGGAAAUGGUUAACCCAACAAAAUAAAGUGCGGUUCACCAUGCAGUGAAAAACAAGUCUUGCAUCAUUAUAAAUAUAAAAAACGCAAACACCAUAAAUCAUUUACAAGUGUUCAAAAGUCAACGAACAGUUGCUUACAUCGAAAAGAAAGACGAUUUGCAAAAAACGAUCAACCAAUUUUUCUGCAAGCAAAAUGGAUCGGUAUUUUUUAAGAAGUAAAAAGGAAGUUUAUGUUAUUGUUUUAACACUGUGCCAGCUCUGUGCAGCAGCAGCAAAGAAAACGUGUGAACCUCAGGAAGAUGUUGUGUCCAUAUACAGUGACAAAUUUGACGAAGCCCCCCCUCAAGGCUUCGGACCAUAUUUCAUCAAAAUACACCGCUGUGCAGAAUAUUCACAAACUCACUAUCCGUCGAAACCAGUGAGAUGGCAAAAGAUAGGCAUCGUACUGAGAGAUUCACUGACGUUUAAAUAUUACGAAUACAUUUUACAUAAUCACACCAAGUGUAAAUGCUCCACCAAUUUAACAGUCUUUCAAUACAACAGAGAAAGGCGUGUAGUUAACGAAGCCUACUUCAAAGAAAACGAAAAAAACAACCCGGCAAGAAUUGAAGGAUGCAGUCAACCUCAACCGCGUUUCAAAAUCAGUAAAAGCGGAUGGUUUCCAAGAUACAUUCGUUACAAACAAUGCCUACCCUACGACUGUGCUCCUACGAAACAACAGAUAUUAAAAAUGAACUUCAAAGCAAUGACUACCCAAGAUAAGACGCUUAAUGUUACAUCUGAUGUAUCGUGUUCGUAUGUAAUGGAACUAAAUCACAAUACACAUGAAAAAGACAAAUUCUUCAUCAUUGGCUCAACAAAAACGACGCUAGCGUUAAUACUAAUUGUUUGUGUUUUCUUUAUUAUGAUGGCCUAUCUAACAUUCUGCAUUCGGAAGAAGAGAUAUUGUUUUGCUUCAAAAGGAUCUACAAAUCAUGAUGUCAAAUCAGACCAUAACAAUAUUGCAGAGACAUUUGUAUGAAACUACGAACUGUUGGAUAAUACUUCGAGACGAAUACGAAGAACUUCAAAACAAGCACAGUAACACAUCGUCAAGGAGUAAAAACAGCAAGAUGAAAUGACAACAAAGCAUGCAAAGCAAGACUUCUGAGGAAGAUUUUUUGUCAGUGAUUGUCUUCACAGUCCGCCAACGCAUUACAUUUGUCACUGAACAGUAAUGGCUUGAUAUACGUUGCAGGACUACUAUAUCUAAUGCUCCGUUUUCCAGAAAUUUGUUGCGCCUUAACGUUCAAAACCAUCGAACACAUACCAAGUCAGUAUACGCAUACCCUACAUACAUACAUGAUUUACGUUUAUAUUAACAUUUCUGAGUUAAUGGCGGAUCUAGAUUUUUAAAAUGUUAUUCUUUAACAAUUAGCAUGGUUGUGAAAGUAUUUUGAAUUUAAAAUUUAGCUGCUGUAAUACAUUUUAGUAACGCUGGAUCCGUCAUUGUUUCCGAAAACAUGACAUUCACAAGGAUAUGAUCAAAUAAUUUUUUACUUUGUUCGUGUUUUGUAUUUUUUUACACAAUUUAAGGUUAGUUAAUAAAGAUUCUAUUUGUAUUUGAAAAAA